GAUUCUGAUACCACGAGAGAAGUGAAAUAAUAAGUGUGUUUAUGGUAAAGUCCGACGUAAGAUAUAGGAUUAAUUGUCACUCAACUUGCCGUAAUUUUUCCGACUUCUUCACAACAGGGACAAUAAAUCCUCUUGCCUGAGAAGACAUUCUCCUAUUAUAAGAGUGACAAAUAAAAAUCAUCUCAGUACGGCACGAAAAAUUUUCCAUUGAGAAUUAGAUCACAAAAGGUUAUGAUGCUUGAAAAAACGAUAAAACUCCGCGGCCUUAUAUCCUGAAAAUAGACAGAUAUUGAAUGGCAUAAGAUUCUACCUGCUACCGAUGGUGCUCGAACUUGUUAUACGCAUAGUCAUCUGGUGCGUUCAACUGAUAAUAGAAAUCAUAUACAUACCCAUUUUCUUCCUCCGAUUGUUCAAAACACCAAAAAAAUGUCCACCUAUUAAAAACGACCUUUUAUUAAUAAGAGCAUCCGAACUGGCGCGACGUAUCCGCAAAAACCAGAUUUCUAGCGUCGCCGUUGUGCAAGCCUACAUCUCAAGAAUAAACGAAGUCAAUUCACUCAUUAACGCGGUGAUUGAAAACCGCUUCCCAGAAGCUCUCGAAGAUGCGCGCAGAGCAGACGACAUUGUUUUACAUUCCGGAUUAAAUGAAGAGCAACUCAGCGAAAAGUAUCCUUUACUUGGGGUUCCUAUUACCAUCAAAGGGAGCAUUGCAGUCGCCGGGUUGAACCACGGUGCUGGACGCGUCGAUUAUCAGGAAAAAGCUAAACGCGACGCUGUUGCCGUUCAAAAAGCCAAGGAAGCGGGAGCUGUAGUUCUGCUUAUUUCUAACAUACCUGAACUGUGCUUGAACUGGGAAACCACGAAUAAACUGAUUGGGACUACGGCGAAUCCUUACAACACGACGAGGACACCGGGAGGAUCUUCUGGAGGCGAAGCGAGCUUGCUUGCAUGCGGGGCCUCAUUAAUGGGAAUAGGAUCCGAUAUUUGUGGAUCCGUCAGGCUCCCGGCACAUUUUUGCGGAGUUUGGGGCCACAAACCCACUCCUUACGUAAUUUCCACCGUGGGUCACAGACCCGAUGGUUUAAACAAAAAACGCUGGUGUAAUUAUUUUACGUUUGGUCCUAUGACAAGGUACGCUACAGAUUUGAGGCUUCUGCUUAGUACCAUCGCGGAACCGAAUAUGAAAUCCAUGUUGGAACUACACCAAUCAGUGGACGUGAAAAAAAUUAAAUUAUAUUACAUACAAGACUUAAACUGUUUUCAUGCCAAAAAUUUUAACAAGAAUGUAGUUACAGCUUUUGAAAAAGUGGUAGCACAUUUUGACGUCGUCUGCCAACUCGAAUGUACAAAGGUUACGAUUCCGCUCAUGAGGAACUGUGCCCAACUGUGUUUUCUGUCUCUUCUAGACGUGGGUAAACUUAAUGGUAUGUGUGAAGGUGAACAGAUUUUCGAAAUUUUCAAAUUUCUGACUGGCCAGUCUAAACAAGCAUUUAACACGGUGUCAUUAUAUAUGCUCAGAAGUGUAGUUCCCACUGUCCUUUCCAAAUUUAUGAAACAAGUUUCUAGGAAUUUGGACAAAUUACGUGACGAUUUCAUCAAAAUAUUAGGUGAUGAUGGAGUUUUUAUUUUGCCUAGUCACUGUAGUGAAGCUCCCUAUCACAAUAAUGUGUACAGAACAGUGUUUGAUACAGCAUAUUUAACUAUUUUUAAUGCUUUGGGGUUUCCGGCGACCAACUGUCCUGUUAUGUUUUCACCAGAUGGAUUGCCUGUUGGAAUUCAGGUGGUGGCAGCGCCUAAUUUAGAUCGUCUUACGUUGUGCGUAGCUGAAGAAAUCGAAAGGGCUUUUGGCGGUUGGAAAUUUACAUAGUUUGAAGUACUUACUUGGGAACUUGCUGCUGUGAAAUAAAAUAAGAACAAGAAACAUAUUUUUUGCACAAACACUUUUAAUAACUACCUUUUUACUCGAGGGUUUUCAGUUAUGUUAAAAAAAUGAUAAUUGUAAAUGUACGUUACAAAGUAAUAAAUCUAGGUCUAUGUAACUAGGAAAACACAUUGAAAAUUUGAUUAACAGGAAAGGAAAUUUUCAUUUCUUGUUUCAAAAUUAAUGUUUGCUUACCGAGAUAAAAACUGUUGACGUAAGCGUAAGGGUAACUAGAGCCGAAAUUUGAAAAAUCACCGGACACAAAAUAAAAGUUUAGUCACAAUGUCCUUCGCUGUAUUUGAUAAAGCUAUUAUUUUUCAAUAAUAAUCUAACUACGUUUAAAGUUAAUUGCGCAUAGUUUCAACGUUUAGCGUGGAAUGACGUAAUGUAUUGGUACUGAUAAUAAGACUCAAAAAAUGAAUAGAAAUGUUUAUACCUACUACAAUAUCAACGGUAGUACUUGUCCUUGAAGACAUCAAUUAAGUAUUUAUUACGAAUUCUAUAUGUGGAAAGUUAAUUCUUAAUUUUAUUUUGUAAACACUUAUUUCUUUCAUUAUGACGUUAAUUCUUUUGAAUUUGAAAAUAUUUAUCAGGUACCCAGCAUUUAUUUUCAUGGACAAAAUGUCAAGUUUUACUUCCCGAGCGUCAUCCCCAAAAUUUACACUAGUAAAUUUGUUUUUUAUUUUAUCUGCUGCACUUGUGGUAUAUGAAACCGCGUUAAGUUUUCAUCCUAGACAUCCAGAUUUUCAGAAAAAAAAUCAAAAUUGUAUAACUUUG